AUGUCAAAAUUAUUAAUUUUAUUGUUAUUAUCAUUGGUUGCUUCAAUCUUUUCAACUCCAUUGGAUGAUUAUGUCAAUGCUCCUGACGAUACCUACAAGUGGACAUUAAAUAAUACAAUUGAAUAUGAAACUUUUACAGGUUACAUUUUAGAGUUGACAUCACAAACAUGGAUGGCUGAAAAAUCAGAUUGGCCAGUUUGGAAACAUUGGGUUUCAAUUUGUGUACCAAAAGGUGUUACAACUACAACUACAUUUAUAUAUGUUGAUGGUGGUUCAAAUGAUAACUGGAAAGUACCAGGUUCAAUGGAUCAAACAAUUGAAAUUGUUUGUCUUUCAUCUGGUUCAGUUAGUGUUGGUUUAACUCAAAUUCCAAAUCAACCAAUCAUUUUCAAUAAUGAUGGUGUUCAAAGAUUUGAAGAUGAUCUCGUUGCUUAUACUUGGAGACAAUUUUUAGGAAAUACAAGUGAACCACUUUGGUUAGCAAGAUUACCAAUGACUAAAGCUGUUGUUAAAUGUAUGGAUGCAGUUCAAGAAUUUGGUAAAACCAUUGGUUACAAUAGUGAAAACUUUGUUAUUGCUGGUGCAUCAAAGAGAGGUUGGACAACUUGGCUUGCUGGUGUAGUUGAUCCAAGAAUUAUUGCAAUCGUUCCAAUUGUUAUGCCAAUUUUAAAUAUGAUUCCAAAUAUGGGUCAUCAAUUUUAUGCAUAUGGUGAAUGGAGUUUCGCAUUAAAUGAUUAUACAGGCCAAGGUGUUAUGGAUUAUUUGAAUGGACCACAAAUGGUAGAAUUAGCAGCAAUUGUUGAUCCAUUUAGUUAUCGUGAUAGAUAUACAAUGCCAAUUUAUGCAAUUGCAUCAAGUGAUGAUGAAUUUUUCCUUCCAGAUUCACCACAAUUCUUUUGGAAUAAUUUAACAGCAACACCAGAGAAACAUCUUAGAAUCGUACCAAAUGCUGAACACUCUUUAAUGGGUCAUCAAAUUGAUAUCAUUUUAUCGAUUGUUACAUUUGUUAGAUUAUUAAUUACAAAUCAACCACGUCCAACUUUUACAUGGGAUAUUACCUACUCUGAAGAUUUAAAUAGUGGUACAAUCGUUUUAACAGUACCAGAAGGUGGUAUCAUUCCAUACAAAGUUAAAGUUUGGACAGCAGUAACUGAAAGUACAACCAGAAGAGAUUUCCGUAUCAUCACAUGUAUGGAUAUCACCAAAUGUAUUCAAUUCAUCAUUUGGGAUCCUUCUGAUAUUACUCCAACUUCCACUGGUGUAUAUUCAAUCACUUUAUCAAAACCAGAUGCUGGUUGGAGAGCUUUCUUCCUUGAAGCUGAAUAUUUAUAUGCUAAAAAUUCAAUCGAUGAUGAAUAUACUCUUAAAUUCACUUCUGAAGUUGCCAUUGUACCAAAUACUUUACCAUUCGGUUCAUGCUCUGAAUAUAAUGCAUGUGGUGAUGGUAGUCAAGGUGAUAGUGCUAGUUCAACUGCAACUUUAUAA